AUGCAGUUGUCACGGGUGUGCGCCCUUCUCCUCGGCUGCUUCCUUGCACUUGGCCACGUGACAGCGGCCCCAAGUCCUCAGGAGCCAGCGUUUGAACUGCCGGUGCAAUUGGUCGGGUUUCCCGUGAUAAUAGCCGCUGUGAGGAUAACGAAUUUCGUCAAGAAACUCGCCUACUCUGUUAAUCCACAGACUUAUACUAGUCGUCUCAAGAGAGCUCUUCCUGAACCGAAUCAAGAAAUAUUCGAUGUAGCACAAGUGGAGAAGAAAUUAGUCGCUGAAAUGGGUGAGAAUGUCUGUAUUUAUGAAAAAAUAUGCGCUAGACAUGCAGAAAUCACACUGAAACAGGGUCAGAUCCAGGAGAACCUCGAUUGGGAAGAAAUUUUCAGUCAGUACAAGGCGUCACCGGAUCCCAUGAAGGAGAACUACUUGCUGAGUGUCUUCUUGGGGGACAUUGUUGGUAGCCCGAGGUUGUGUCAUCAGCUUGCUAAACGCCGAGCCUGUGGGCAGACACUCGCCGACUGA